AUGUCUUUUCCGCCCCUGCCAGACUUUUGUCCUCCGCUCCAAGCCGUUGCUUACGUCGCCCCGCCCCGGUGUUCUUUUCUCCGUUUUCUGCCCGCCCUGCCCCCGUUACCUACCGCCUCCCUACCCUGGCGGGUGUCUCCGCCGUUCGACCACGAAGCCCAGCGCACCGCGGAGCCUCUGAAACCCUCCGCAGGGGCAGAGGUGAAGAUCGGUGCCAGUACAAAGCCUCGUUCAAGCGCAUCGCCCCCGGCACUUCUGCGACUCCCCCCCCCCCACAACUGGGGUCCCCCCUUUCACGAUCCAGGCCUGGCCGCGUACGUUCCUCGCCCCCCGCCCCCGCGCUUAUUACUGUGUCGGUUUGUGCUCUGGUUGUACCGAACCAGCCCGGCCUACCCUUGA